GGGGCGUAUAUGCAUUUGUUUUUCUGUUGCUUGAUACAACAUUAGCAAUUAGCUGGAGAAACUGAGUAAGCGACACACUGUGCUGGACGAGGCGCUGUAUCACUCUGGACGAAUGAAAAGUGGGAUCCGGCGAACGGAUCUUAAGAACGGAUCAUUUUACUGAUUCCAAAGAUUCAGCACACUCAAAUGAACUGCCGUUUACAGUUCAUGUAACUUGUAAGUUUGUUUGAUUUCUUCAAUCCGCGCUGCCGACAGGGUCGGGCGGUGCAACGAGCGUCGUCUGACACAACCUCGGCAGUAUUUUGCCCCGCAGUUUGUCGUUUAUGCCGAAAAACAAAUUGAGCGCACCCAUAAAGGCGUCGUUGAAAAAUGCGACAAAUAUGAUUGGUUGCCUGGCCGUGGAGCAAAUUUAGCCAUUAUCUCCAUCAGCUGUCAUUGCCUGUGGGAUCUCCAGAGUGGUGGUUUUUUCUGCAGGAGUUUUCUCCAAACUCAGAUAAGAUAUGGGCCACCUUCUGAUCCACUGUCCGCUCCUGCUGGUUACGGCCUGCAUGCUGGCCUGGCCUGUAGUCAGCGGGCUCUUUGAAUGGUUGAGGACCCCGCAGCCUCCCUCUACGGUGGCUCCCCCUCCCGUAGCUCCAUCGCUCCUGGCUAAGGAUGCUCAGUUUGAAAUGGUGACUUCAGACGAGAAGUUUCUGGCUGAGGCGAAGCAGCUGGAGCUGAGCCCAUUGGACAGCUGCCAUUACAGGGUGGUUGCUCGUUUGAGGGCAAGCUGUGAAAGCCUCUCUGAGGAAAAUCUUGCAAAGCUCGGAGUGGAACUGUUCAACUGCCAGGCGGAGAUCGAAGGGCGUCGGUCCUUUCCAUGUACUCAGGAAAUGACCAUUAAAGAAUGCACAGAAGAUAUGGACCCGGACACCUGGAAUGCCUAUCACAUAGUGAGCAACAGAGCACGCUCAGUUUGCUACGCGGCUCGCCAGCAGCUGUUUCGCCGCCGAGCAGAGCUCACAGUCAAUUCCCUCAUCUCCACGGCAUCAAGCCAGUUAGAUGCAAUGAAAGACCUGAAGGUUGGACAGCUGGAGCUGAAAGAACUGACUGCAGCUUCUCUCGACAAGCUGCUUGAGGGCCAUAGCACCCUCCAGGCUCAACAGGGCAAAUUGCAUGAGGGCCAGGAGCAGAUGGAAGGUUCACUGAGAGAAAAUCUGGAACGUCUUGGUCAGGAAAAGGCCCUCAUUGCCUCUGGACAGGAGCUGGUGGCCCAACUCAUUCAGGGCAUCGCUAAAGGAAUGGAAAACGUGAGCAAACAUCUGCAGAUCCAAAGCUCAGAGGUCCAAGAUGGCCACAAAGCAAUCACUGAUGACCUUGCAGAGGUCAGGCACCAAGCUCAGGAUAUCUACCAGAAAAUUGACCACAGCAUGUCUGAGUUUCUCCAGUACCAGGACCAGACCUCCCAGUACUACACUGACCUGAUGAACAAACUGGAGCGCAUGAACAGCACACUGGGAGUCAUGCUGCACUAUCUGGACAACAUGGAGGUUCGGAUAGAGGAGAGGCUUCACAUGAUUCAGAGCUACCUUGGCUGGGCAGGUUUAAGUCUGACUGCUAUGUGGACGUGUGUUGCACACACAGCCUACUUCGUAUUGUGUGCAGUCCUUCUGACGUUCCUGCGCUGUCCGGGUUUCUCCAGAGCCAUGUUGCUGCUCAUGGUUCCCCUGAAUGCAGUGGCUGAGGUCAACCAGCAGCCAGCGCUGGACCUCACCAGCCUCAGUGUGCUGCUGCUGGCUUUUUCCCUGGGUCAGUGGUUUGUGACUCGCUUUUGGGCUUGUGUGCCAAGCAAAGAAGAGUCAGUUCCACCAUCGCUGCUUGGUCCAUGCAAUGUCAUGGAGCCUCAGAAGCACACGAUGUUGGGUCCACCAUCAUCUACAUCAGAAAGUUUCAGAUGUGAAAAAAGCGACUUAUUUGAGCAAGACAGCUUGUUGAAUCAUGACAGCUUUUUAUCAGAUGAACUUGGGAUAUCAGCAGUAACUCCCCCUCAGAGGAGACCCGUUCGAGAGCCUAACUUCCCACCAAUAUUUGGAACACUGAAUCAGUCCACUCCCAGACCGAUAUCCCACAAACUUUUAUCAAGGGCUCUAGUUGAUGAUAUCCCUCAAAAAAUCUUGAGAGGAGUUUUUGAUGCAGCAAAUGAGUCUCAUGAUUUUGGCAAAGACUCUAGAAGUGCAAGUCCUACUCUAUCGAUUAUCACUAACAGCUCUUUGUCGGGCCGUUUCUUGUGUAAUGGAAUCACAAAAGCAGGGAAAGCCUGUAAGAAGAAGGCAGUUCCAGGUCAGGAAUACUGCCAUGUCCAUGAGGGGGGACACAGUUCUUAUGUUCAGUCCUAAAAUGUUGAACGUUGAGACAUUUUAUGUUUUUAACUGGAGCCACUGCUCCAAAGACUGUUUGCAGCAUUUUUUUUACUACACUACAUCAGUAGAAAUUUUAAAUGUUUGUCACUAGAAAUAGAAUUUUUACCAGUUUUUUUUUAUAUAUAAAUUAUUUCUCACAGAUGUAUUUUGUUUUUAAGUAAAAGGUUGCAGGCGGUGCAAAUUUAAACCAUUUGUCAGUAUUUAAUAAAUUCAAAUA